AUGUUCAGCCGUCGCAAAAGGAGCUCCUCCCAUCAUCAUCAGACACUCUCCACACCCGCAGCACAUUCAGCGCAGUCUGCAGCGAGCCAUGCCUUCCUGAAGUCACAACCGUCAUCUAACAGCCUCUCCUCUGCGGCUGCUGCGGCCGCGCUACGGAAUCUCACACCAACCCCGACGAAUGUCGAAAAUGUGCAGACCAAGCGCAUGGUCCAGCGACGGGCUUCGACACAAUCGCCGGCCAGCCCGAUACAUGGCCGUCGCUCGGCGAGUGUUGGUGGUGGAACCCUCCGCAGGUCUAAUAGUUCCAGCUCGAUGACCGCCAGAACAUUUCGAGAUUCAUCGCCGAGUCGCCCCUCCACAAGCUCCGGCGCCUCUGUACCUCAGGCUCUGCCCGUCGAUGUCCCUCCGUUGCCGUCGCUGCCUAGCCAGUAUGCUCCGAGAAAGCUUCCUCCGCGCCGUGCCGCUAGCCUCGACCCAUCCUUGCGGUCUCCACCAGCAUCUCCACCACGAACAAACGCGAGAGUCUCGAGUGUAGAUCGAGAGAGCGCGUCGGGGUCGCCCUCACAUACCCGCCUUCAUAGCUUGACAACGGUGCCUGAGCUGGAUCGUCCGAGUAGCCGAAACUCGGUCAAUUUCUCUUAUCCAAGGGGCUCGCGACCGAAUUCGCCCACUUUGCCGGAGAAUCAACCUAUAAGUCUUGGAGGGACUGCUGUCCGCGAUGUCUCAUCGGUGGAGGUGGCCAGCGCUCAGCAGGCCAUUUCUAAGAUGUCGGAGAAAUCGAUUAACACGAGGUCAAAGACACCGGCAGUGGGACGUGCCGAGGCAAGCCCUGCAAACAAGUCAGCUGGACUUGCAGCUGGUACUGCUAUCGCUGCCGCUCAAGCAGUUAGCGCGCAGAAGAGCAGCCCUCAGCCAGAGCCGGAUCAUGCAAGGGCUACGCGGACAGACCCUGGACCUUCGGCAACUAGCCCGCAGAGGCCGAAGGUCGAGCAUUCGCGACCAAAAGCGACACAUAGCUCUGAAAUCGAGCAUUCUUCCUCCCGAACAAUACCGAAUCAAUGGUCCUCCGUUGUGCCCGGGCACGAGUCCCAAAUCCAGGAUGGUAUUGACAUCUCCCGCACUCGGGACGCCAGCAAUCAAAUGGCUAGUGCCUCUGUACCAAUUGAUCAUCAUGAACCCAUUACCACCCCACAGAGGACACCUCAAGUAACACCACAUGCAUCGCCGAAAGCAGAAAAGCAAGCAACACCUCAGCAAGAGGCCCACCUCGAACAAUCCAGCAGUCCUGGCCGAUCGGCGCGAUUCGCUAAGUGGCUCUCUGUGACGGCAACCGGCGAACAAGUUCACGAGCCUCCAUCAAGGUCGCUUUCUCCCGGCAAAUCGGCACUCAAGACCACACGUGGGAAUUCUUUGUCUCCAGAGAGGGCCGCCGCUGGCCGAGUUGGCUUGGCCAACAGUGAACUGUCCGAUGGUGGCACCUCGAUUGCAUCUGAUGACGGACACCGGGUCGGUGUCAAGAAGCGAGCCAUCAAGGUGAGCUUCGAUGAUGAAGCUGAAGUUGUUGGCGUAGCAGCCAGUCCCCCAACAUCACCAGAGGAGUAUGUUCCCGACUCUCCGCCGUCCAAAUCCAAGACUCGCAAGAAUUGGUUCAACGUGGUGAAGAAGAAGUCCCCGGCAGCCGAAUUCAUCACCAACGACGAUGACUUUGACGAGGUCAUGAAACCUCGAGCCGCCCUUCCGUCAUUUGGCAGUGUUCGCGGAAAUCGAAAUGGAGGCCCUGCCCGACCACCGAUCCCAAAUUUCAGUGACAAUGAAUCCACUAGUUCAUCUGAGGAUGAAGCCACCGCCCCCUGCAACUCCUUCUCAAAUGACCAUGCCCUUGCAGGGAUCCUUCGCCAUGAACAGCAAGAGCCCUCGCAACCUCACGAUAUCAAAUCUGUCGAACAAUUGUCCAUUAUUGGAUCCGCCCCAUCUCAACAAGAUGCAGCUCCAGCCGAUAGGUUAGAUGGUGUGGCGAUUGGUGGUCUUACCGAACAGCAACCACACCCCAGUACUGAUUCCCAGCUACCACUGCCUUCGAUCGCCGUAGAGCCUGCAACGCCUCCUGUUGACGAGCGCAAGAGUUUCGAUGUCCAGCGAUCAUCUCGAUCAUCCCUUGAACAGUAUCAAAUCCCUGGUGGCUUCCCGCCAUCCAACUCGGAUCGGAGCCUUAAAUCUGCGGCCGAAACCCAGACUACCAAAAACCAGCCCGUGGCAAGCGCAGUUCCGAUUCUGGAUGAAGCAAAUAAAGACUAUAGCGACAGCAUCUAUACUGAGAGUGACCAUGACAGUAUCUAUAGUGAUGCCCCCGAGGACCCUGAGGACGGUGAUGGGUUUGGCUCAAUCAAUGCUAUUGUCGACAGCCGAUCAAUUCCCAGAUCAGCACCGUUGGAGCCGAUCGCUGAGAGUCGUGAUACUACACCAAGGCCUACGGAACGGACUGCAGUCGUCGAAAACGAGCCCCAAAAUGCAAUCGAUCCAUCCGAAAUCGACCGCUUCGCAACCCCGUUAGAAGAGCUGGUCAGCCGCCAGUCAGAUGAAGCAUCCCCGCCUGAAUCUCCAAUGAAUCUGCAAACACCUUACCCUCCUUUGUCGAUCAACACCCAGGCCCGGCCAUCAAAUGGUUCCGUUCAGAUGGAGAACAAGCAAAGAAGGCCUGUGUCGGUAGACGCCUAUGGUGGUAGUCUGAACUCGCAAGGUCCUCGCUAUUCUGGCCAUACAAACGGUGCCGGAAAUGGCAAACCUCGCCCGCUUUCUCUGGGCCCAGCUUUCCAGGUGCGAGGCCCAGGCCUUCGGCGUACAAUGUCGAGUGGCAGUGAUUCCUCUAGUAGCUUCAAGCGUGCCAACUCCUCUUCUCGAAGUGACGGCUCGCAUGCGAUGCGGCGGACUAUGAGAGGCAGUGCUGCAAAUGGUCAGCCGUCAUCUCCCUCGGCCAGGACGGAGUCCCCAAUUGAUCACCGGCCGCUUUCAUCUGGGUCCACCUCCGCGACUACUAUGAAGAAGACGCUCCGCGGCCCAGGUGCUGGUGGUGAGAAGUAUUCAUUCUUCUCGACAAACAAAAAGGCACCACGAGCGCGAUUUACUAAGCCAAUUCCCAAAGGGAUGCAAGGAACCCGAUUCGCAGAUUCGGACGAUGAGCGUGGUCAAGAUGAGCCUCAAGUCUUCCGCAGUCGUUUUGCAGAUUCCAGCGAUGAAGGAGAAGAACCCAACAAUGCCAUGCGACCCGUCCGUGGGAUCCCACGCCGCAGAGGUACAAAUGAUGGCGAUUCAACCGAGUUGGAGGACAGUUCGGAAGGAGAGCGUCACCAACACGCUCCUCAAGCGGGCACAUCUCUACUCAGGCCCAUCCCACCACGGUCUCGUGAUCAAAAUGUUGCUUCUCCGAACAUGUCUGGUAUGGCUGCCGUGGCGCGCCAGCGCGGCAUGACGCAACGAGAACUAGAGGAAUUCAUCAUGCAGCCCCCGCAGAGUCGCAAAUCAUCCAUCCUCGCCCGACUCGGCCUGAAAAAGGGCAAGAACACAAACAACCGCAUUAGCAAGGUGGAUGCCGAAAGCCCGUCCCGAAGAGAUACGCCCCUCGAGCGGUCGCGGCUGGAACGCGACCAGCUGCGAGAAGAGCCUUAUACCAAUGGAGUUCAGACGGGUAACCAGACAACCGUGACUGCAACGCACUCGGAGCCCCCGUCUUCGCCUAAGUUGAUGAAGAGGCUCACUAAACGGAACACCAUUGGAGGUGGUCAGCAAUGGCCACUUCGUCCCGAAGCCCAGCCACAAACGUAUACCCCCGAGCCGGUGGUCGAGCCAAGUCACAGUCUCCCAUCAUCGCCUUUGCGAACGCAAAAAACAGAGCCGGUGGUCGAACCAGCAGGACGCAACGGAAGCAUUACUGUCAAUGGCAGCAAUGCGCCGGGGACAACCUCCAUUCUUAAAGAGCCCGAAGCACCCGCAGUCACAGCUGGUCCAGAUAUGAACGACACUGCCUCCGAUAUCACGAGCACGACGAAUCCCGAGGACCAGGGUGCUACAGUCCGGGACGUAGUGAUUGCCGGGCCGGGACGAAAGAAGCGAUUCCCGAUGCUUCGCAAGGCGUUUGGGCUACGAAAGUGA